AUGUUUCCUGCCGAAGAGGAGAUGGAUGGUCCACCGGCAGCAUCUAAUCUCGACAAGACACCCCACGCUAGGCGAGCUGCAUGUCUGAACUGUAGAAGGAGCAAGAUCCGAUGCAACCGAAGUCAAGGGGACGAUGCAUGCUGUGACAAAUGCAGGCAGGCCAAGCUAGAAUGCAUUGUGCCCAGCCACCAUGUCGGCAGGCAGAAAGGUGUCAAAAACAAACGAAAGGGCCUUGAAAAGGCGCUGCAUCAAAUAGAAGAGGCGAUCAAGCGACCCAGAACUGAUGAUGCAGGGUCUAGUGGCUCUCAGAACAUCAUCUCAAACUUGCAAGACCUGCUCAACAAAAUCCAGGGGCAGCGACUACCUAGUGAGACGGACGAUCAGUCCGAAGAUCUCGAUCAAUCGCGGGCUAUCCAAUCUCCCCAUGAGACCAAUGCCGACGACAGCUUAUCCUUGGACGAUGCGGAAAAUCCGCUGCAGUUACUCGCACGCGCAUCCGAUCUCCAACUAUCACCUCCGGAGGCGCGUGGGACGGUUAAGUGGCUGCCGUUGGCUUCAUCGGAGCCUACAAGCGCACCACGGGACAGCCUGGAUGGCAAUUCAACCGCAGCGAGGUCCUUCUUUGUUCCUGCGAAGGCAAGGUUGGAUACUGGCCCAGAAAUAGAUCCCAUUGACUUGGGACUUGUGACCUCAAGUGAGGCGGAGACAUUGUUUUCAUUUUUCUAUCAGAACCUGGCACAUACUCGAUGGGGCCUUGACCCUCUUCUCCAUACGGUGCCAUUUGUGCGCGCCCAAUCUGCUUUCCUAUUUACUUCGAUAAUGGCAGCCGCUGCCCUGUUUCUACCUUCUGCUGCUGCGUUGUCCAAGAGGCUAUCUAGGCACUGCAAAUCAUUAGCCCAAAGUGUUAUUACUGAACGCCUUAGAUCGGUAGAAAUUGUUCUCGCGUUCAUGGUGAAUGUUCCGUGGAUGGCACCCGGAAGUUGCCUAGGCGAUGACGAUACCUGCCACUACAUAGGAAUGGCUCUUACUGUUGCCCUAGACCUGUCUUUGAACAAGAUCGUGCUUCCGUCAACCAGUUUUGAAAGCGGUCUUCUCAGGAGACUGGCCAAGGCAGACAGUAUUGAUGCUAGAAGAGCAUUGAACGUUGAUGGGUUUGAAGACGUGGAGCCAGCAUCUGAGUGGGGCCAGAGGCUUCUGAGACGAAGAGAAAGAACCUGGAUUGCCCUUUUUGUGCUUGAAAGAGGUGUUUGUUUAGCCCACGGGAGAAGUUAUACUGUUCCGCCAACUUCUCUAAUUAAGAACUGCGAUGUAUGGCAUGUUUCCAACUUUGCUGACUCUCGUGAUGGGCCAUUGAAUUCAAUGGCAGUUCUCCGUCGAAAUCUGGAUGAAUUAUUCCACAGAGUCAAGUCUAUCUGCGAUGGUCACCAGAUUGCUGACACUGGAUCCGAAGCUGCCCAAUCGAUCCAAUCGAUCAUAGAAAGUUUCUAUAACAAGUGGUAUGAAACAUGGGCACCAGCGAUUGGAGAAGGCCAAUCGCACUCUCUUCCACCAUACGUCGAAAUCUUGGUGACCCAUACCCAGCUAUCUACAUACGGAGGGGUGAUCAACCAUCCAACGGCGCCGCAUGAGGUCAAGCGAUUCUUCCGUGCCGCUUGCCUCUCAUCGGCAUUGAAUGUUUUGAGAGCGGCCAUACAGGGCGAAUCGCGCCUAAAGUCCAUGCCAAACAACACCGUGAUCAUGAUAUCCUAUGCCGCAUGCUCCGCGCUCAGCCUUAGCGAGAUGCCGGCAGACAGCAGAUCUAGUCUGGCCCCAAGUGUGCGAAAUCUGAUUGAAGAGGCCGCUGGCGUCCUGGAACGGAUUGGGGCAACACCAGACCACCGGAGUGGCGCGUCUUCUCUAUACGGACGCUUCUUACGGGAGCUCGUUCGGCGGUCGCCAGGCAAUCCCAGCACUGCGGUUCAAACCGACUCGCACGUUGUUAUCUCCACCGAGAGCCUUCCGCCUCCGUCGACAUUGAAUGGAUAUGGCCCCAUGGCUUCCUCGACGCAGCCACCGUUUGAACCGCCGUUGUUCUGGUCAGAGCCACUGCAGUUCUCUGCGAUGUCAGAUGACCAGAUCAUUGACGCCGUGAACAGGGCGGGAACAGCAUUUGGAAUGAGCGUUCCCGACGUGCCCCUAGACGACAUGAUGAAUUGGGAAUGGCUCGACCUUGGCAAUACUACGGAUUUUAGCUUCUGA